CAGCGCUACGCGUGUGCUCCAUGCGACGGAAUUCAAGGAGGGCCAGAUCCCACCGGAUACGAUUCGGGAGCCUCGCAAGGAUUACCUCCACCAGAGUCACGUGAUGCCCGCUGCUCUAACCACAAAGAUGCCGGACGUCAAGCAGGAUGGAAGGAGGGUAUCGAAGCCUCUCAUGGAAAAAAGGCGACGUGCUCGAAUAAACCAGUGUCUGUCGCAGCUCAAAUCUCUUCUGCUCAACAACACGAGAAACGAUUCACCUAGGCACUCCAAGCUCGAAAAAGCUGAUAUACUCGAAAUGACAGUGUGCCACCUGCAGGCGCUCCAUAGGCAACGUCGAACAGCGAGCCUUUUGACGGAUCCAAGCGUCCGCCACAAGUUCCGCGCUGGCUACGAGGAAUGCAUUCUCGAGAUCCGACGGUUUCUCUCGACUCUGACGUCGCCUGCUGCGGGUCUCCCCGUGCUGGAAGCUUCCCGGGACCGCAUCCUGGGCCAUCUACAUGAAAGGGCGCGCGAGAUCGCCGACAUGGAACUGACUGCGAGUGAAAUUCACGAUGUCCAGCCUCCUCUCACGAAAGACCGGCCCAGCAGCCCCGCUGACACAUCCACCCCGCCUGACACGACAUACGUGGAACCGUCAAGCCGCCCUGUCCAGCAGGUCAUGGACGAUAUCUCAACGGCUGCCACACUUCGUGGAGUUCAGGUGACUCCGACGCGGCUCAAGAAUGGUGAUCUGAUGUUUGUCUUGCCGAAGGACCUCGUCUCCGGAGUUGCGUCCACCCUUCACAGCGAUCACCAAGCGACUAUAACGUCAGCGAUGACGUCGCCACCACCGACUCCCGGUUUCUCCGAAGCCAACUUUUCGGACUCAAGCUCGUCCGACGGCUCGGGUGCCUCACUUCUGUCGAACGCCGAGUGUCUGAGAGACAAUGGAAACGCGGCGAACUGUGCAAAGCCUCAGCAGUUCGACGAAAAAAUGUGGAGACCGUGGUGAGAACUGUUGGGACAUCGUAAAAGUGUUUGGGACAGCGGACAACAACGUGUUAUGCUCCAUGAGAGAUUCGGUCUUUGAGUACCUUUGAGUACAACAGGCUUUGAGUAUAUACCUUUCUGUUUCGCUAACGGCGUGGGCUGGUCCCGUUACCGUUAGAUAUCUACAUUGUUACUUGUGCUAAACUCUUAAAACAGCACUUCACCACAUAACAUGCUGAAGGCAUGCCAAUUGCACAGAUGAUGAUGAUGAUGAUGACUACUGGAGUUUUUUAUGGCGUCCAAGCAACUAAGGAUAUAUAUAUAUAUAUUUCGCCCAGACAGUGGUGAUAGUGCCAAUUUCAUAGAAUGAUAACGUUUCCACUACUCAUUUGUGGAAAGCGCGGGGCAUAUACGCCUUUGUGUGACAAUUAAUAUAACUUCAUAAGUGUCACAAAGCGACGUACGCCUUUCAGUGUCAACAAAUCAGUGGAGAGAACGAUGUCAUUUGAGAUGAUGGUUUGCUAGGAUAAUGUUACGAGGUAUACGUUCCCAAGCAGCACAACAUCUUGGCCCAAUAUUUUGGUCCAAUCUUGAGCAGGCAUUGCCAAUAUCGGGCCAAUAUGUUGGGCUGCUUGGGUUCGGUUUUAAGAGCAUAUAUGUUCACCUGCCUGCACUGUGCUCACCUGCUGUCGGCAGCGUUUGGUGCCUUAUCAAUUUGUAAUACGUACG